UUUUCUCAGAUCACAGAUUAGUUCGAUUUGUUUCGUCGAGUGAAACUGAACACGGAAUUACGCCGCUGCGUGAAGUGUUUGUGUGCUAACCGAGUUACCGAGUGGCUGACAGAAAACGUGCUGAUAAUGGGCAACCGGUCGAUCGCGUUGAUCGUGCUGAUCGCAUGUGUUUGCACUCCUCAAGUGCAGACGUUGGAUUUGGGCGGUUUGUUCAAAAAGACGGGUGACGUCGCCAAGGUGGCAGCCAAAACGGCGAAAGGUGUGGCCGAGAGUAUACCGCAGAUAUUUUCACCAGAACAGCUCCUGGAGUUUAGUAAGCAGUCGAUCAUUGGUCUGCCGGCGGAAGCGAUUGCCGCCACGAUCAAUCAAAUAUGCUCUGUUGCGCUACUGUCGAAUGCGACCGCGUCCGAGAAUACGGUCAACAUAACGGACAUGAACUACAUCCUGAUGACGGAAGACAAUAACGUGACGAUUCCGCUUUUAGAGUCGGACGAUCUUUGGAAGAACGAGCUUUUCAACAAAUCGUACGAUACGGUCAUAUUGGUUACCGGAUGGACGUCGAACGUGAACGAACCGAAUCGGGCCAUCGAUACGAUCUACAAUGCGUAUAAGGCACGUGGCGGAUACAACUUCGUUGUUAUAGAUACAGCCGAGUAUGUGGACACGCUUUACACUUGGUCCGCGUUCAACACGAACGAUCUUGGCCAAGGUUUGGCGAACGGGUUGAAGGGAUUGAUCGAGUACGUGCCUCUGGAGAAGAUUCACCUGAUAGGUCACAGUUUGGGUGCACACAUCGUUGGUGCUGCUGGACGAUACUUCCAAUACAAUACGAACAAAACGAUUCCCCGCAUCACGGGAUUGGAUCCUGCGAAUCCUUGCUUCAAUGAAGGAGAAUCGCUGAGUGGCAUUCAGCGGGGAGAUGCCGAUUUUGUGGACAUCAUUCAUACCAACGCUAAGGUUUUGGGCAAGCGUGAUCCAAUUGGAGAUGCCGAUUUUUAUCCCAAUGGCGUUGUUUCUGUCCAGCCCGGAUGCAUAGAUCCAGCAUGUUCUCAUAAGCGUGCCUGGGAGUUGUAUGCUGAGACGGUGUAUCCUGACACCGAAAAGAGCCUGUUGGCUGUGAAAUGCAAUUCGCUGCUUUCGCUCACUACAGGUGGUUGCGUUGGUAAUCCGGUCCCUCUUGGCUUUGGCUGUCCCAAAACAGCUAAAGGAAACUUUUUCCUGAAGACAAACGACAAAUCACCAUUCGCUUUGCCUUCGUAACCGUGUUAAACGGGUAAUGUUGAUUGAGGUACCACGCUUCCCCUUUAUUGUUGUUUAGUAUUACUGCUACAGCCCACGUUAUGGAAUGAAGUUUUUAGAUUGUUGAACUUUUGCUUCAAAAUGAGAAGUUUGUAUGUAAGCAAAGCUAAUUGAAAUAAAUUGAAUUGGCAAAAAACGCGAGAAAAA